AUGUUUCACAUUUACAACAUUUACGCGCUCGCCGCCUUUGGCACCAUCGGCGGUAUGCUUUUCGGUUUCGAUAUCAGUUCCAUGAGUGCGUGGAUCGGCGCAGACUCCUAUAAAGAAUACUUCGGACACCCGAGUUCGACCCUUCAGGGAGGCAUCACGGCCUCCAUGUCCGGUGGCUCCCUCGUCGGUGCUCUAGUCGCUGGUUUCCUGGCUGAUUCAUACGGCCGUCGCGGCGCUCUCAAGCUCGCCUCUGUCAUUUGGAUCAUCGGUGCUGUUCUCCAAUGCUCCUCCCAGAAUGUGGCCCACCUCAUUGUCGGUCGCGUUGUCUCUGGUCUGGCCAUUGGUAUCACAAGUUCCCAAUGCUGCCAAUGGUCGAUCGAAUGGGGCAUUCUCAUCAUGUACCUUAUCUCUUACGGCUGUAUCGUCAGCAUCCCCACCGAUCCUAAGGCAUUCCGCAUCGCUUGGGGUAUUCAGGGCAUUCCUGGCCUCAUCCUCGGAAUCGCUCUCCUCUUCUUCCCCGAAUCGCCACGUUGGCUAGGCCAGAAGGAUCGUUGGGAGGAGUGCCACGAGGUCCUUGCCCAUCUCCAUGCUGGUGGUGACCGCGAAGCCCCUAUUGUUCUUGCCGAGCUCGAUGAAGUUAGGGAUGCUGCCCGUGUUGCCGCCGAGUCCAAGGACGUUACUUUCUUUGGUCUUUUUGGACCGCGUGUCUGGAAGCGCACACUCGCCGGAUGCAGUGUACAAGUUUGGCAGCAAAUGCUCGGCGGUAAUACUUUCUUAUACUAUUUGAUUUUUCUGUUUAACAUGGCAGGAAUGUCUGGCAACGUGGCUUUGACUUCCUCUAUCAUACAAUAUGUAAUUUUCCUUGUUACCACUGGCGCCAUCCUCCCCAUCAUUGACCGUCUCGGUCGUCGUCCUCUCCUCAUCGGCGGUGCCAUCAUAUGCUGCAUCAUCCACUUCACUACUGGCGCUGUUAUGAAGGUCCAUGGCAACCCUGUUGACAGCGUCAAUGGCGAUGAUAACUUGAGGUGGGAGGUCACUGGAGCCCCGGCAAAGGGCGUCAUUGCCCUGUCUUACAUCUUUGUCGGUGUUUACGGUCUUACCUGGGCUCCUAUUGGCUGGAUCUAUGCUUCCGAAGUCUUCCCUCUCAAGUACCGUGCGACUGGCGUCGGUCUGGCCGCGGCCUCCAACUGGGCGUUCAACCUUGCCCUCGCCUUCUUUGUUCCUCCUGCCUUCACCAACAUCCAGUGGAAGACGUACAUGAUCUUUGGAGCCUUUUGCGCUGCCAUGACUGUACACAUCUUCUUCACAUACCCAGAGACUUCUGGCAAAAGUCUUGAGGAAAUUGACGACCUUUUCGACUCCAACACUCCUGCCUGGCGUACCCGAAGAGCUGGCGGACGCUUUGGAGAUCGAAUCGCCGCUGCUGAGGGUAAGAAGGAGGGCUUCAAUACUUCGCAUGCUGAAAAGGUCGAAGUAUAGAUCUACUUCUUUUCUUGUAUAACAGGCAUCGAGAAUUAGAUGAUGCUCUCAAGCUGUAACGAGACCCCUUAGCCAAUUUUCUCUUAGCUUCAUUUUACUCCUACAUUGUCUUGCGCCG